AUGCAUAUUGAGAAGACGGCGGAUAAGUGGGGGCAGAAUGGGGAGGGUGGCGAGUGGCAUGAGAAGUGGUGGGAGCACUAUGAUGCGACGGGGCGGGCGGAGAAGUGGGCGGAUAAGUGGAGCAAGAUUGACAUGUACACGCCGCUGUAUGACGGGCAUGCGCACACGUGGCAUGAGAGGUGGGGGAGGAGUACGACGGCAGGGGAGCGGCGGUCCAAGUGGUGUGACAAGUGGGCAGAGCGGUUCGAAGGCCACGAUGGGUACGGCAACCAGCUGUGGGCCAAGUGGGGCGACAAGUGGGAUGAGAAAUUCAACCGAGACAAGACCGGGUACCGGCAGGGGGAGACCUGGUGGCAGGGGUCCGGAGGGGACGAUGCCCCCCGGUGGAACAAGGUGUGGAGCGAGGGGCAUGACGGGUCGGGGUGGGUGCAUAAGAAGGGCGGCGCGAGCAGUGGCGAGGGGUGGGAUGUGCGGGAGUGGAUGGACACGUGGUUUGAUGCUUUCCCGCACUUUGGGUUCAAGCAGUGUCUGGAGAAUUCGCGGAGGCUCAUGGAGGUGGGGAGGCGGCAGGGCAAGAAGCAGAAGUAG